UCCCUAGCCAAUGGGAGUGUGUGGGUGUCAAGCAGAUGGAAUGUCGGCCAUGUUUAGUUGUGAGCAGGGCUUCACUCUUGAUGGACAGGAGGAUAACCUCUGUCAGCCUGAUGGUUUCUGGCUGGACCAAUCAGAAACCAACAUGUGUUGAGUGCCAGCCACUGUAUGCCCUAGCUUUGGGAAGCAUACAGAUGACUUCUGACGGUAUCACAAGCUCUGCCACGUUCAGUUGCAAUGCGGGGUACUCCCUUAGCAGCCAUGAUCAUGUGACCUCAUGCAAUCCUGAUGGUACCCUGGAGCCUGGAGGAUGUUAAGUGUGUUCAGUGCAGUGCAUUAUCUCCUCCUGCGGCUGGUAACAUUGUGAUCGGAACUAAUGGCUCUAGCAGUUACGCAACGUACACAUGUGUGGCAGGGUACCAGCUCAUGGGCAACAGCCAGAGAACGUGUGGCGUAGACGGGACAUGGAAUGCAACAACACCAGUUUGUGUGUGUCAGUCUCCCUCAAGCCCAACCAAUGGUCAUGUGACAGUGUCAGGUGACCUCCUGUCGGCCAGAUAUUCAUGUGACCUUGGUUACGCGAUGUCAGGCACCAGUCAGCAGUCAUGUGAUCCUACAGGCACUGGGUGGAGCCACCAACCUCCAUCAUGCGUUGAAUGUAACACGCUGGACUCGGUAUCUGGAGGCCAGGCCCAGCAGUGGACCGAUGGUACCUCAACCUUUGCCAACUUCACCUGUGACCCGGGCUUCUCUCUCACUGGAGAGGCCAGCAUCAAGUGUAGGAGUUCCGGAACUUGGAAUUUUGCCAACCCAAAAUGUGUAUUGUGUGGACCAUUUACAUCUUCUGCAAGUUUGACAUCCAAUGUGACGUCUGAUGGUUGGACCUCUUCUGUGACCUUCACCUGUGGGUUGGGUUACACUAUAAAGGGUUCCACAGAAGCUACAUGCACUUCCUCUGGAUAUUGGAGUCAUCAGCAACCUGAGUGUGUGUCUUGCCCUGCCCUGUCACACCCAGCCAGCGGCUCAGUAACUGUAACUACAAAUGGUUCCCAGAGUGUUGCCUCAUACGGCUGUUACCCUGGCUACCAUAUGCUGAGUACCAACACUAGGUCAUGUCUAGAAAACGGAACUUGGAGUUCUGCUGCUCCCACUUGUGUGUGUGAUACCCCUAUGGCCCCCAGUAAUGGCAGCGUGACCCUGAUAGCUGGUGGAUACACAGCUCUGUACACAUGUGACCUUGGGUUGACCCUUCAAGGUCACUCUGUCAGGAACUGCUCAUCUGACGGGUCUGGAUGGACAUUCACGUCCCCAAUGUGUGUUCCCUGUGCGGCUGUUCAGGCCCCUGCCUCUGGCCAGGUACAGUUGAGCUCUGAUGGAGUGUACACCCGCGCCUCGGUGAGUUGUGACGUUGGCUUCACGUCUUCAGCUCCUACAACUGUUCUGCAGUGCCAUGCAAAUGGGACCUAUAGCUCACCGAUUCCUCAAUGUGUUGCAUGCAGCCAGCUGAAACCACCAAGUAAUGGAACGCUUGAAUUACUGACAAACAGCACAGCCACGUCUGCUUCAUUCUCAUGUCAGCUGGGGUACUCCUUGAGUGGUCCUCAAACACUGCUUUGUGGGAACAAUGGAGCAUGGUCUGAUACAGCACCAACUUGUGUGGAGUGCCUACCAGAUCCAUUAAUACUGAAUGCUCAGAUGACAUCUGCAACCAAUGGCACAAUGACAUCCUACACUGUUGUCUGUCUCCAAGGAUACAACCUCAGUGGACCUCCAGAGAUCAGGUGCACUUCAGCGGGCACUUGGUCACAGGUGCCACAAUGCUUAUGUGAGGACCCCACCACACCAGCAGAUGGCAACAUGAUCUCUGAUGGUGACAUUGCAACCUUUACCUGUGACCUUGGAUACAGCCUGGCUGGGAACCACACAGUCCGUUGUCAGACUGAUGGCACAGGCUGGGAUAGCCCUUCCCCUUCCUGUGUCAAGUGUCAGUCAAUAGUUCCCAUAGUGACUGGAGCCAGCACCCAGUUGACCAAUGGUCGAGUGACCAGUUACGAGUUUUCAUGUCCCCUCGGCUCCACACUGUCUGGUUCUCCAGUAAUAUCAUGUAACCUCAAUGGAACAUGGACUGGAUCAACACCUCAGUGCAGAUCAUGUCCCGGCCUGUCAGCCCCAGACAGUGGAGACGUCUCCAUACAUUCCAACAACAUAACCACUACAGCCACAUACUCCUGCCGCGCAGGCUACCAGCUCCAAGGCUCUGUCACGCGCCAGUGCACUGCGAAUGGGACUUGGUCCCUCGAGCAGCCAACCUGUGACUGCAUUGUCCCCUCUGCACCCAGCCAUGGCAACGUCAGGGUAUCUGCAGAUCACGUGAUGCUGUCCUACACAUGUGACCUUGAUUACACGCUACAUGGUGACUCCACUCGGACCUGUCAGUCAGACGGUGCUGGCUGGACUGGCUUGCAGCCAACUUGUACUUUGUGUGCCUCCCUGUCCAGUCCCCCUGGAGGCAGGGUUGUCAAGAUAACAACAGGUGUCCGCACAGAGGCUACAUUCCACUGUGAGCCAGGCUACACUAUGGAUGGGCCAUCCCAUAUGGUGUGCAGAUUUGAUGGUACAUGGAACUCUUCCCAGCCAACAUGUGUGAAGUGUGAAGGGGUGCCACCUAUUUCCAACGGCAACUUUAUGACAGCCACUGAUGGCAAGGUCACCAGUACAAGGUUUACAUGCGACCCUGGAUAUACACUGAAAGGGACAUACGAACUGACCUGUGGGGCAACAGGGACCUACCUGGGAUCACAGCCUGUCUGUGUGUCGUGUCCAAGCCUUGCUGUCCCUGCCUCGGCCGUGCAGACGGUCAGCACCAACGGCACUCUGACCUUUGCCUCAUUCUCAUGUCUGCCCGGAUACUACCUGAUUUGCAACACACCCCAGGCUGUCACAAAUGGCGACCUGAGCCUUACACCAGAUGGGUUACAUGCCACCUACUCUUGCCAUGAGGGUUACACUAUGAACGGUUCCUCAGAAAUCACAUGCCAGUCUGAAGGCCUGGGCUGGAGCAGUCCGCAACCGACCUGCAGUAAAUGUCAAUCUCUGAGCACCCCUACAAAUGGAAAUAUCUCCUUGGUAACAAAUGGGUCAGUUACCAUGGCAACAGUUUCGUGUGGUUUGGGCUACACGUUGUCAGGACAUGUAAAUAUGGAGUGUGGAGCCCAGGGACAAUGGACAUACAAUGUAUCAUCAUUCUUAUGUGUGACGUGUGGUGCUCUAACAAGUCCACCUAAUGGAGCAAUGUUCAUGACAACAAAUGGUAGCGUUACCAUGGCAGCCUUCAACUGCAGCCUAGGUUACUCUUUAGCAGGGUGGAGUAGCUCCGUUUGUGGUGAGGAUGGGACUUGGACACACCCAGAACCAACUUGUGUUCCCUGUGCCCCGGUUACCACGGUUACAAGCAGUUCUUCCAGUCUCCUCGCUUCUGGUCUGGUGACAAGUGUGCAGUACACGUGCACUAGCGGCUACCAACUCAUUGGGGCUCCCACCCUGCUGUGUAGAUCUGACGGAACAUGGAAUGAUUCUGCUCCAUCUUGCGUUUGUGCACCACCACUGUCACUGAUAAAUGGGAACUAUACAAUCAGCCCAGAUGGUAUAACCUUGACCUACUACUGUGACCUUGACUACAGCAUGCAAGGUCAGGCUGUGAGGUCAUGUGGUACUGAUGGCUCAGGAUGGAGUGGCGCACCACCGACAUGCAAAAAGUGUUCCAGCUUGCCUUCAGUGCAGAAUGGCAAUGUUACUAUGACAACCAAUGGGCAGGCAUCCAUGGUGCAGUUCACAUGUGCAAAUGGGUACAGCAUUGUGGGACAGUAUGCUGGCACAUGUGCUUCCAUUGGCACAUGGAAUAUAUCCACACCCUCAUGUGUUGAGUGCCCAGCCCUAUCACAGAUUAUCAAUGGAGAUGUUGUCAUGACAACCAAUGGCACCAUCACCUUGGCAACCUAUAACUGUCUGACUGGUUACACACUCACUGGUGACAGGACACGGCAGUGUGUGGCUGGACUUUGGUCUGGUUCACAACCGCAGUGUUUAUGUACUCCCCCCUCAUUCUUUGCCAAUGGGGAGUACAGCAGCGAUGGUUCUGUGAUCUCCUACACAUGCCAUGCCCGCUACAGUCUCAAUGGUUCCCAGACUCGUGUCUGUCAGCAGGACGGUGACUUGUGGAACCCUCACACCCCCGGCAGGUGGUUCAAUCAACAUCAGCUCAACCAGCCUGCUGUCGGUGGCCAAGGUGACGUGUGA